UUCGGAUGGGUCACACUAUGAGAAACCUGGCAGAGGAUGGGCUUGCUAAAGAAACCGCUCCGCUUUCAUUUGGCGGCCCACCCCGGAGGAGGCACUGCAAAUGGGGGGAAUCCUCUGGACAAGCUGCGGCCCACAAAUAUGGCCUGGCAGCGUUCAGAGCUUUCCUGCGCACAGAGUUCAGCGAAGAGAAUCUGGAAUUCUGGCUAGCAUGCGAGGAUUACAAAAAGAUUAAGUCGCAAUCCAAGAUGGCGUCCAAAGCCAAGAAAGUAUUUGCUGAAUACAUCGCCAUCCAGUCUUGUAAAGAGGUGAACUUGGACUCGUACACCCGAGAGCACACCAAGGACAACCUUCAGAAUGUGACGCGCUCCUGCUUCGACCUGGCCCAGCGCAGGAUAUAUGGCCUGAUGGAGAAGGACUCGUACCCCCGCUUCCUCCGCUCAGAACUCUACAUGGACUUAGUCAACCAGAAGAAGGCCAGCACCACGUCCACCUCCUCAUCGUCGUAAACACACAGAGAUCGAGAGAGAAAGUGAGAGACGACGACGAAAGAGAGAAGACAUUGACUUGAAAGCAGGGGGAGGUUGAUUUUUCUUUAUACGUUCGCUGUUUUGUUUUGUUUCUGCCAUCUUCCUGUCCCACUAUAAUUUGGGUGUGAGAGAGACAGCAAGCUAGGCUGUGGCAUUGAGGGGGAUGUUGUUUACACAACGACCAUGAUGACGGGCCGAUGGUGGAUGGAUGAAGGGAUGGAGAGGAGAGCCCAGUCAGGACAGCUGGUCAAGUCAUGUGACGGCUGGACGCUUCUCUGAUCACUCUCAUUGAUAAUUGAUCACUCUCUGUGGUUCAUAACGAUAUACGUUGGUUUGUCCGGACGUACUGUAGAAAGGAUGGGGUGCUGAAACCUCCGCAGACAUGAAGACAGUCCGGUACUGUUUUGGCGCUUUUGUUGAUAUUUUCCUUCUUUUUUUUUUACAACCCCCAUCCUCCUCCUCCUUUAGAGCCAGUUCAAAUGCUGUUGGUACGACGCAAAGGUUUGUUUUGUCCUAGAUUCUCAAUGUCUCACAUUGCAUUCAUGACCAUUUCCAAACAGGCUUGCGAGAAAAAGGAGAAACGUGAUAGCUGGAUCAAUGUCUGGAUGACUGGACGAAAAACCGCUUUUUGUCCGGUUUUGUAUCUUUUUUUCUGUUCAAGGUGUACACAACUCUCUCAAGCACAGUCAGCAUGUGUUCUUUUCAGCACUCUCUCACAGGGUCUCACCUUGUCGCAUUCAUCCAAAUAAUACAGGAAAAGACACUGAGAAACAGAGGGAAAAGAGAGAGAGAGAAAGAUGGAAAAAUACCAACAACGGAACGGACCAAAACUGCAAAAGCAGUCGAACUCGAAAAGACUUGCUGCCUGUCUCCAAAGACCAUCGAAAAAAGAGAAGUAACACUUGACUGUGUUCUGAUAAGGAAUUCAUUGUAGCGCCACCUAGACUGAACGAGGCAGCAUUCUCAGGACAUUAAGGCACUUGACUAUGAAGCUUCCAAGCUUGAUUUUAUUGUUAUUCAUUUUUGUUUUACACAUAAAAUGUCUUUUUUUUAUUGUUUUAAGUUCAAACCUGCACUCCAUAAGUAUACUGAGCAAUACUGUUGGGAGGUUGCUCUUUUCAUAGACAUAAAAAAUUAAAUAAAUGCUUCACCUGUACAAAGGUCUGCCUAUUUAUUUAGAUAUCUUGCUGGAUGCUUCACCCAUUGCACUCAGAUGAAAGCUCUCCCUUCCCCUAACCACAAACCAGGUCCACCGCUGUCCUGACUUUAAGUGCAAUAUGUUUUUGUUUAUUUUCCUUUUUUUAAAUUUUUAUCUGAAAGACAAUGUCUUGAGCUCUGUAUUAUACACUUUAUUUGUAAGAGUUAUGUUGCAAAAUUCUGCUAUAAAGUUGAUUUACAGUUUAAGUAAUUAAUCAAGAAUAGAUACAUGAAUUAAGCAAGUCAUUCUAACUGUGUACCCUGGCAGCAGGCAGCUAGGGGUUAAGGAUGUACAUAUAAUUCUUUAAGAAAAUAAAGAAAAAACAAGAAAAAAAACAAGAGGUUUCACUUGUAUUGAGCUGGAACCUGGCUGUAUCUAUGUAAAUAUGAGAGACUCAAAGCUAUAAGAUGACAUGUAUUGUUAUAAAAAUGAGGAAGGGUGGCUACGGUCUGCCCUUUCCUGGUCAUACACUGCUUGUCAGGAGUUUUCUGAAAUGUAUUUGAUCAUUUUCAUUGUUUACAAUUCAAACGCAUCUCCCAAGAUAGCAAGCGAAAAAGACAAUAGAAAUACAUUUGGUGUUAUUGCUGAAAAUAAAUAAAACAACCAACUGGUGAAAUAAUAAA